AUGUCUAGCAAUAACUUUGAAGGAGAAAUGCUACAAUCAGAAGAUCCUAAAGAAACUCUAAACCCCAAAGCAAAUGGCUCAAAAAGACCAAGGCAAAGGACACAAAAGCCAUUAAAACGGCAAAGACUAACUUCACAUAUAGAUUUAAAUAAAAUAACUGACUAUUGGAUAUGGGGAUAUUUUGAUCAGUAUAAGCCAGUUAGACAAUAUAAAAGAGUAGUAAGAUGUUUAGUUCAAGUUCAAAGAAAGAAUGGUGCAGAACUAUGUGACCAUUUUUUGGGUUCUGAUAAUUCCACUGGCAAUUUUAUUGUUUAUCUUGCUAUACAUCGAAUUACUAAAGAAAGUCAUGAGAGAAAAAUGAACGAAAUACGAAAUAAUAAUCAGGUGUCACAACCCUGUAUAGAUGAAAUGAUACGAAAUAAUCCAAAUAUUAAAGUAAUCGAGACCGAAAAUUUGUUGGAAUCUUGA